CCCUAUGGUUACGCCGGUGUUCAGGUGUCACCGGUGACUGAGGUGGCGGUGCUGGCAAAUAGACCCUGGUGGGAACGGUACCAACCCGUCACCUACGAGAUCAAUGGCAGGAGUGGUAAUGAAAAGCAGUUCGCAGAUAUGGUCAGCAGAUGUAAUAAAGUCGGGGUCAGGAUAUACGUGGAUGUAGUGCUCAACCACAUGACUAUGGCUGAGACCGGCAAGGGAACGGCAGGUCAUACAUAUGAUGGCAAGAAUUUCAAGUAUGAAGUUCCGUAUAGUGAACUAGACUUCCAUCAGCACCCGGACUGCCCGUCCCCUGACCUCAACAUUCGGGACGACAAGUACGACGACCCCAUAGAGGCCCGUAACUGUCAGUUGGGAGGGCUCCGGGACUUAGAUCAGGGCAAGGAUUGGGUGCAACAAAAGCAGUCCGAGUUUCUCAACAAACUCAUCGACAUAGGGGUCGCGGGGUUCCGGUCGGAUGCCUCCAAACACCAGUGGCCGGCAAACCUGCAAAGUAUUAUCUCAAAGCUACAUACGCUGAACACCACGUACUUUCCGGCUAACAGUCGACCCCUUUUCUAUCACGAGUACAUAUCCGGCACUAAUAUCAAGGCCUCUGAGUAUACGCCAUUGGGUCGAGUGAUUGAGUUUAAAAACUACGACAAUUUGGCCAGGAGGCCAGUUAUCCUAUGGCACGGCAUUACACAGGACUCGGAUGUAUGGCUUAUCUCAGCCGAGGGAGUGUUGAACGGAAAGGGGGUUUAUAUGGAAAAUAAUCUCGUGGUUAAUGACUGCCACCAAUCGGUUACUCAAAACCUGGCGUUCACUCUAUCGGCCUGUGGUUAUGAUGUAUGGCUCCCCAACUUCAGGGGAACGACAUACUCAAUGGGACACCUGAUUUUGGAUCCAGUGUUCAACCAAACCUAUUGGCAGUACACGUUCACCGAAUUGGGUUUAUAUGAUGUCCCGGCAGUGGUUCAAUAUGUGCUCAGGGUCACUGAUAAAAGUUCGGUGGCCUACAUCGGUCACUCCCUGGGGUCGACCGCAAUGUUUAUACAGUUAUCUCUGAUCCCAGAGUUUGAGCGCUUAGUGAAGCCAUUCAUAGCGUUAGCGCCGUUUGUAUUCAUGUCUCACAUGACAAGCACUUUGAGAUAUGCCUUACCUUUUGAGCCAACGCUAAGCUCCUAUACAAUACCAAUUGGCAUACCGGUGACGAUCGCUCAGUUCAUAGGUGUCUGGAUGUGUGGUAAUCAGUACUUUAGGCAACUGUGCGCCGAUAUGUUUUUCUAUAGUGCCAGUGGUUAUGACCCAGACAAUUUAAACACCACUCGCAUUCCCAUAUACGUAAGCCAUACCGGUGCCCCAUAUUCAUCAUGGGUGUACGCACAUGUGGGUCAACUGAUCAGGGACAGGGGGUUCAGACUUUUUGAUUACGGUGUUGAGGGUAAUUGGGAACGCUUAUAUACCGACAUCAACGUGACACCGGGUAACGAGUGUUGGGAGCGGAACUACACGGAGUUUGAGGUGGAGUACUGCCGCCGGGACGCCAUAUUUUAUUGGGACGUCUACCUGGACGUGGAGGCCACGGACGACACCCGGAAGGCCUACUGUUGCGCGCUUUACGACUAUUUUGAUUGCGUUAAGAAAGCGGCCAAAAGUCAGUGCAAAGACAAUGAGACGGCAUAUCGAGACGAGAUCACUGACCAGGUUAACAAAAUUGAGGACGAUAUAGGGGAUUUGGUGUGCGAGGGCACCUACACACACGGCUCGAUGAAGUGUGAGUUCCCCGUCUGGGCCAGUGUUUUGUGUUUGUUGGGUUUCCUGUUAGGUAUGGGUAUAUUGGCGUACCUGAUGUUUGGUGUCUGUCGACUACAGUCCAGGUUUGGGGAAAGGCAAUUGAAAGACAAAACCAUAGGCCUGGCUAUAGCCGUGUGCUGUACUGCCAGCCCUUACAGCGACCCGCACUUCGUGGAGGACCGGCAGGUGAUCGUCCAUCUCAUGGAAUGGAAGUACUCGGAGAUCGCCAAAGAGUGUGAGCUAUUUCUGGGACCCUAUGGUUACGCCGGUGUUCAGGUGUCACCGGUGACUGAGGUGGCGGUGCUGGCAAAUAGACCCUGGUGGGAACGGUACCAACCCGUGUCACCGGUGACUGAGGUGGCGGUGCUGGCAAAUAGACCCUGGUGGGAACGGUACCAACCCGUCACCUACGAGAUCAAUGGCAGGAGUGGUAAUGAACAGCAGUUCGCAGAUAUGGUCAGCAGAUGUAAUAAAGUCGGGGUCAGGAUAUACGUGGAUGUAGUGCUCAACCACAUGACUAUGGCUGAGGCCGGCAAGGGAACGGCAGGUCAUGCAUACAAUGGCAAGAAUUUUACGUAUGAAGUACCGUACAGUUCCCUAGACUUCCAUCAGCAUCCGGACUGCCCGUCCCCUGACCUCAACAUCCGGGACGACAAAUACGACGACCCCAUAGAAGCCCGUAACUGUCAGUUGGGAGGGCUCCGGGACUUAGAUCAGGGCAAGGAUUGGGUGCAACAAAAGCAGUCCGAGUUUCUCAACAAACUCAUCGACAUAGGGGUCGCGGGGUUCCGGUCGGACGCCUCCAAACACCAGUGGCCGGCAAACCUGCAAAGUAUUAUCUCAAAGCUACAUACGCUGAACACCACGUACUUCCCGGCUAACAGUCGACCCCUUUUCUAUCACGAGUACAUAUCCGGCACUAAUAUCAAGGCCUCUGAGUAUACGCCAUUGGGUCGAGUGAUUGAGUUUAAAAACUACGACAAUUUGGCCAGGGUCCAAUUAAUACAAUCGCGAGGUUUCGCCGCCGAGACCCAUGCGGUCAUCACUAGUGACGGCUAUAUAUUAAACGUGUUUCGUAUCCGAAACCCAUACAACCCGUCCUCCCAUGAGAGGCCAGUUAUCCUAUGGCACGGCAUUACACAGGACUCGGAUGUAUGGCUUAUCUCAGCCGAGGGA